UAAUCUAUUUUUGAAGUAAUAAUCUCGAAUCAAGUAUAAGGUUGAUAAUAUCAGUGUUCUACGGUUACUAUCGUGCUGGAAGAAAACAUCGGCACCGGCAUCGGUGAGUCUGAACGUCGGUACACGCCGAAGCAGUCAUUCUGUGGGAUUUCAUGAAUCUACCUUGCCGGUUCAAGUUUGUGUCCUGUUCUUGGGACGCGCGUUAACACAGACGUUAGCACUGUUUAGUAAUCUCUCCUCGGUGUCGCUCUUUUCUUACAAAGUUCUUUAUUAAUUAUAUGAAAAGUUGUAUGAAAGGGCAGAAUUCGGGUGCAACUAAAUGUAGUUGCACAUUCUCAAUAGAGAAUAAAAUAAAUUCUAUCAAAGUUUUACUUGAAAAUUUUUGUAUAUUUACGUAUGUACAUAUUACUUAAAUAAAAAACGUUCAUACCGUCGCGUAAAAUAUACAACUUGAAAAAUGACUGCACCAAUAAGUACGGCAAUGGACAGCUUGUCAGCUGCACUUAGGUCCAACAUAAUCCCAAAUCAAGAAUAUUUGCUGCAAGGAUCAGUGUUGGACAGUGCUGUAGAAGUAUUAUUACACAGGUUACGUGGUUUAUGUGAUAAUGUUGAUACUGGACCAGAAACAUUUAACGAUCACGAGAUGUGUUUUAGCAUCAGAGGAUCGGAGCAGCCUCUACUUCUACGUGUGAGAAGAGCUUUGGAUUACCAAGAUAUGCCUUGGCAAUUACGUUACAUCGGUCAACAUGAAUUAGGAGACAAAUCAAGGCCAACAAUUGUUAGAAGUAGUUUGGAUAUAGCAACUAGUAACACUGUUGUUGAAUUUUUAACAGAACUUGGAUGUAGAUUAGAUUUUGAAUACAUUGCACGCGGUUACAUGUUUAGAAAAGGUAGAAUGAAAGUUACAGUAUCUAAGAUAUUUAAAAUGGGUCAACAAGGAAAAAUACCUGAAGGUAUGGAAGCUAUAUCUCAGAGUUAUUUAGUAGAAUUGAGUGUUCUGGCUCCCAGUGGUCAAGAUGCAAUAGCAGAGGAUAUGAGAAUUUUUGCAGAACAACUGAAACCUUUAGUACAACUUGAAAAAAUUGACUACAAGAGACUUGUUCAUUAACUGGAUAACUAAUUGCUAAUUUAAAUUAUAUUAGCUGUAUGUGUAUAUUAUACUGUGAAAUUGUAUGCAUAAUUUAAAUAAAAUGAAAUGUAAAUUUUGUC